UGGCUCAGAGUCCGGAAUUCCGGAAAAUUCCGAUAAAUUGAGUCACUCGCAUUGCAGAUCAGCAGUGAGUCACUUUUCCCCGUGUUUUUCGCGAGUUUGGACGCGCACUUCUCAGCUCAAGAUGUUCUCCAGUGGCCCCAAUUACACCAAAUUGAAGACCAACCUGAGGUUGUCCCUGAAUCGCCUCAAGUUGCUGGAGAAGAAGAAGACAGAGCUGACACAGAAGGCGAGAAAGGAAAUUGCUGACUACAUAGGUGGCGGGAAGGCGGAGAGGGCGAGGAUCCGCGUGGAGCACAUCAUCCGGGAGGAUUAUCUGGUGGAGGCGAUGGAGAUCGUGGAAAUGUACUGUGAUUUGGUGUUGGCACGCUUCGGGCUCGUCACGCAGAUGAAGGAUCUGGACGAGGGCAUCGCCGAGGCGGUGGCAAGUCUCAUCUGGGUGGCACCACGCCUCCAGACGGACGUUCAGGAGCUGAAAGUCAUCGCGGAAAUGUUCACAGCCAAGUAUGGGAAGCCGUACGCCGAAGCCUGUCGCGCUGCCGCGCCUGGUCAUCAUGUAUCCGAGAAGCUGAUGCACAAGCUGGCAAUCCAGGCGCCGCCGAAGCUGCUGGUGGAGAAGUACCUCAUCGAGAUCGCGAAGAACUACAACAUCGAGUACGAGCCCGAUCCGCAGGUGAUGCGCGAGGCCAAGGAGGAGGGCAUUCUCAUCGAUCUGAGCGACAGGAACAACCUGGAUGGCGGCGUUCCCAUGCCGCCGGGCUUCAUUGAUUUCCCGCAGGCGCCGCCGCUGCCUCAGAUGCCGCAGCCGCCGAUGCGGAAGCCCUUCGAAUAUCCCAACAUGGGUCCGGGGCCGUCCGGAGGCGCUUCAGCGCCGCCCUUCACCUACAACAUUCCGCCGAACCCGCACGGAGCAUCUGGGGAGAAGAAGGACCUGAACAUCAAUACGGACUUCGUGGACAACGAGCGCCACUCGCUGCCGCCGCCGUACUCCACAAUCUCGCCGGACGACAAUCUGCAGAUUUAUCCCAAACUGCAGAACUCGGCCAAACCGAAACCGCAGCCGCGCUCGAAGAUCCCGCCGGACAUGGGCAACGGCGCCGGCCAGCCGUUCCCGGAUCUGCCCAACGUGCCAAGCGAUCUGCCGGACGUGCCGCCCGAGGACAACGACGACAUCGACUUCGACGAUUUGUCGCGGCGCUUCGAGGAGCUGAAGAAGAAGAAGUGAUUGUUUUCUACACAUUAUAAAGAAGUAUUUUAUUGUUGAAAUGUAACUUGGAAUUGCUACUAAAGUCACUGCUCGCGACGAUAAAGAAUCUCGUCU